GGAUUGUUGAGACGGAUGAGCGGCAAACAGCGUCUCUUCCGCCCCAACAAUGCCUCGGAAUAAACGCCGCCGGCGAUGAGCAGCGCACGAUAUUUAUCUUGCGGCGCGUGCCACCGAGCUCUGGGCAUGGAGGAGGGCCGCAUUCCUGACGAGUCCAUUUCGGCCACGUCGUCCUUUGACGUCAAAUCUGUCGGGCCGCAGAAUGCAAGAGUCCGGCAGGAGAAAAACGGAGGCGCGUGGUGUCCAAAGGAGGUGAUCAGUCGAUCAGUGCGCGAAUUCCUCGAGGUCAAACUGCCCCACGAGCACCUGGUGACCCAUCUGGAGACGCAAGGCCGUUUCGGAAACGGCCAAGGCCAGGAAUUUGCGGAGGCGUAUCUCAUUGAGUAUUGGAGAGACACUUUAGGACGAUGGGUCCUUUACAGGGACGCCAGAGGCGACAAGGUGCUCCCUGGCAACACCAAUACUUACAUCACCAACAAGAACGAGCUGGAAGUGCCCUUUGUGGCUUCCAGGGUGCGUUUCAUCCCCUUCAGUGAACAUCCACGCACAGUCUGCAUGCGUGUAGAGCUCUUCGGUUGCUCCUGGAACGAGGGACUUUUGAGUUAUUCGGCCAACAGAGCUGGAUCGCACAGUUCGAUCGAUUCGGAGCCUGAUCCUUUGGAAGAUAUCAGCUAUGAUGGGCAGAUUGAGCGCAGGAGCAUGUCUGGUGGGCUUGGUCAGCUUACGGACGGUCGAUUUGGACCCGACGACCUCAACAUUGACGACACUACUGAUGCUUACAGAUGGGUCGCCUGGCUUAAUGACAGUCUAGCUGGGCAUCCUCUGGAAAUAACUUUCGAGUUUGAUACUCUGCGCGAAUUCACGGCUGUUCACUUGCACGCCAGCAACUCAGUGACUCGAGGUGUUCAGAUUUUUGCCCAUGCCCUGAUCUACUUUGGUCUGGACGGAGAUCGAUUCCAAUCGAACGCUGUCCACGCAUCGCCAAAGUUUCUCAACAUGACCACAAAUGACACUUCCCGCAACAUCACGGUACCUCUGAUGGGCCGUCUGGGUCGCUACGUCAAAGUCCAGCUCGUUUUUUCAGCACCUCUAAUUCUCCUCAGCGAGAUUUCCUUUGAUUCAACUCCCGUUGACUCGAACAUAACCGAGGAGCUUCUGGAGGAGUUCUACGGCCAAGACAGCCAAGUGGACAACUCCGUCCACUUCCAGCAGAGCAACCUGAAUCCCGACGUGCAGAAAAAGUCCGGCGAGACGACCCAUGCGAGGAAGGAGGUCUCGCCUGCGAGCAGCGCCCCAAGUGAACAGGCGUAUAUUGGACUCGUCACCGGUGUGCUCGCCGUCCUGGCCAUCCUUCUCGGUUCGGCGGUGGGCCUCGUCAUCAGGCGCACGCGCAAGAAGGACCUUUUGCACACCGCCCUGAAAGGACCCCUCCCUGACAAAAGGGCCACCAUCAACAUGCGGGACCUGCGCAUGAGCAUGAGUCUCACGCCGAUCAGCAAUGGUCUCAUGUCCAACAACAGCAAUACCAACCCCAACACGCUUGGUAAGAAAAACGGCACCCCAGGAGGACCUGGGGGUCUCUACGGACACGUGAUGGGCGACGAGACAGACAGCGAGACCUCCUCUGUUUACCACGAGCCGUUCAAACUCCCUAACAGCAAGCAGGAGUAUGGGUGCUUGUUGAAAAAGGACAAUCUCAGCAAGUCUGGGGACUACACAGCAGAUUUCACAAGCGUGAACAGUUUCCAAGAGGAAAUCAAGUACUCGUCACAGUCCUUUUACUGCCUCACUCAACCCCUAAGGCCACCGACCAAUUCAGCCACUUUCCCAGCCCCCACAAAGCAGACCCCCAGCAAACAAAAGACCCCUGGUACGCCCGCCUCAAGCAAGACUCUACAAGGCCCCGUCUCGGCGAAUUUGGCUCCAACUGCGCCCCAGGAGAAUUUCUACGCAGCCACUGAUAUUGUAAAGACGGAGCGCAGGGAGCAACAUUUUACGCCAGGACGAUUCACGCCGCUUUUGCUACCUGAACAGACCCCAGCUGGCGCUCAAGAGAGCCCCGUGUUUGAAUUUCCUAGGCACAGGCUGAGGCUUCUAGAGAAACUAGGUGAAGGAGCCUUUGGAAUGGUGCACCUUUGUGAAGCCGACGCAGUGCCCGAGUGCAGCGGCAAACGUCUAGUCAUUGUCAAGUCUCUGUGGCGCGGCUGCCCCGAAAGCAGCAGGCAAGAAUUCCUGCGGGAAAGCAGGCGGCUCGCAUGGGCCCUUCGGGACCCCAAUUUAGCUCGCGUUGUGUCGCUGUGCACCGCCGAGGAACCGCUGUGCUCCCUGAUCGAGGCGCCGGAACUGGGAGAUCUGCCGACUUUCCUCACAGAGGGAUCCGAGCCCAACGCUCCACACCCCGUCAGCUAUGGGUGUUUGAUCUACUUUGCAACGCAAAUCGCGUCUGGAAUGAAAUACCUAGAAAGCUUAGGAAUCGUGCACCGAGACUUGGCAGCCAGGAAUUGCUCAGUAGGGAGAGGCUACAGCAUUAAAAUUUCGGACCAUGCGAUGUUCUGCAAUCGCUACGAGGCAGACUACUACGUCAGUGACACAAAAGCCAGACUUCCCAUUCGCUGGAUGGCAUGGGAAAGUCUCCUUCUGGGCAAGCACUCAUGCAAAAGUGAUGUUUGGUCGUUUGCUGUGACUCUCUGGGAGGUCCUCCAGCUCGGCUCGGGCAGACCUUUUGCAGAAUUGUCCAACGAGCAGGUUGUGGAGAACUGCAGUCACUGGUACCAAGACAACGGCCACCAGAGGCUACUUUCUCGGCCGGCCGCGUGCCCCCGAGAAAUCUACGACCUGCUGAACGAAUGCUGGAGGCGACACGAAGCAGACAGGCCGCGUUUUUCUGAGAUCCAUCUCUUCCUGCAACGCAAAAACCUCGGCUUUGUUCCACCGCCCACGUUGGCUUGAACUGACUGAGCAAAAAGAAGAAAAAAAACUCUCGUUUGCUUGUCUGAAAAACAGGUUGCAAGGAAGUGGCCGCAAGAGCUUGUUGUUUUUGUUGUCAUAUUGGUGCAAAUUUGUUAUCGGUGAGAAAGAAAUUGCACAAAUUUUGCAGCGCCACUUUCUUCAGCCCCUCUUUUAAAACUGUCAUCUCUCUGAGUGCCUGUCCUAUGAUAGUCUUUCUACGUAUAAACUCUCCAGUCCCUCUGCACACGUGAGCUCAGGGACUGCUAUACACUUCUUGGUUCUACGUUAGUUUAUUUGGUGUUUUCCUUCCCUCAUUGUGUAAAUACAUUUUCCAAAGUGGAUCUCAUCAUCAGUAACAAUUGAUUUCUCGCGGCGAACAUUGAAAUAAACUGUAUUUUCCUUAAGUGAUGUGAUAUAGUGCGUCAUAUAAUCCAGCGGACUGGCUAAAAAUUAUAAUAGCAUUGAUGAAGUUUGAUGUAUGUGUUUAUCUAUCUGAGUGGUAGUGUUUUCAUCACCGCGCAAUUAACCUCCGACGAGAAUUUUUUGGUUCAUUCUUUCAUUACGGUUCCAAAAAUUUAAUUACUAUAUCAAGAAAAUACUAAGAAAAUUGAGCGCUUGCGGCGCAGCAAAAACAUUUUUCCGAAGCAGAAAUAAGCCCUAAUUUGAUAUAAAACUAGAAAAUUACAGCUGAAUUUGAUGCAGAGAGCGGACCAAAUUUAAUGGAAAUUGUGUUAAAUAUCCUGUUACCGAGCUGGGCGCUGUGGUAUUAACCUCCAGAAUUUCAAACUCUCAUAACUCAUAGACGUGCAAAAGAAAAAAACAACGAACUCGCAGAUUUUCUCUUUAUUUCGUACGUCGUGUGGUUUUGAUUAGAUGUUUGCGCUUGCAUGAAUGGGUGUUGGAAGAGGGAAAAUAAAUAAUUAUUAAAAGCUCAUUAUGAAUACUGUACAUUUAAGAGAUUUAAAAAAGCUACUUUAUUAUAUCAUUAGAGGAGAGCAACAAAAUCGGAAACGAUGAAACAUAGAAUUGACUGACAAUCCUGUACGAUGAUUUGAGAGCACCCGCCCCUAUAACAGACGUAGAAAAAGCAGCGAGUACAGAGCAAGAGGCCCCAGCAAAAGAUUUCUCGGCGAUCAUUGGGCCCGCGAACGGCGAAUUUUAUGCUAGCGUUCUCGACACAAAAGCUCAAUUCCAGUGUUAAGGGCACACGGGCCUAUUUUCAAUAAAAGUAAAGUCGCGUAGUUGAUUUCCCAUUUUACAUUCUCAUUAGUGGUUAGUUUAGAGUGUCGAUGGUGAAUUUAAAAGAAAAAAAAACGUUAUCUUCAAGCACGUAGUUCCAUUUUGAAUUUAUUAGAUAAAAAUAAAAAUUCACACAAUUAAGUGAAAUAGAAUUGAGAGCGAAAAGGAGUAAAAGAAACGAGCUGAUUGCAGUUACCAAAUUUUUCUUGACACAAGCUCGGAGACCAAAAGGGUAUAAGGAGAUUUAACUUGAAACUGUAGCUAGACGAGGCGUGUUCAAAAGAUGGAAUGCUGGCUUUUUCUGUUAAUAAAAUUUAACAUUUUCAAUAAUUUAAACUUUUUGUGCAGUUUGCAAUCAAUAAUGGGUAUCAUAAUAAGGUCGUUUACUGACUUGCCUGCAUUCCAUUUUCAUCAGCUCACAGUACCCCAAUAUCAUUCUGUUAGUCUAUCGGUGCCAAAUAUAUGUCUCAGCUCGGAUUUUCAUACACACAUGAGAAAGUUAGCUAUCGUGUAAUUAUUGAUAAAAUAAAACAAAAAUAAAAGCGACGCUGAGAGGUAAGGAUGAAAGAGUACAAGUGAGAUUACUGUGUAUUUUACAUAAAGGAAUAAUUCACGAAAAAGGUCUAAAAAUUUUGCGAUAUAAAAUAAUAUCGUGCAUUAUUUUUAUGAUGUAUUAUCUCUGAUUUGAACAUUCUUUAGGCAGCGUAUAGGCGAAAAAUGACCACUUUGAACGCAGAUUGUAAUUGGCCGAAAGGAAAAUGUAAAAAUUUUAAGCAAAGUCCAAAGUUAACUUGAAAUUUUUCGCCUAAAAUAAAGCUGUCAGUGAUCUGAUAUCGCCGCUGUAACUUGUAACAUAUAUAGUUGUACUUUUGCAUCCACUGCAAAAAUUUCUUUUGUAAAUUAAUAUUCCUCAAUAUGCACAUAAGCAUAUACUAGGAUUAUGGAAACACUCACGAGAAACAAAUUAAUAAUAAAACGAGACUAUACCGUAGCUCUCCCUGAUGUAGUUGGCUCUUCGACGAUCUUCCUCCUGUUGUAUUUUCAUACUCAACGACCCGUGGCUGAAUUGUUUGCCAAAAAGUAGAAAUCGUUCUCACCCAAAAUGACCCUGUAUAUCAAAGCCGACAAUCGCCUGUGAAUUUCAGUAAUUAAUGGAAAAUGGCGCUUUCUAAAAAAAAUACAGGAAUAGCUGAAAAUAUCACGGAGCAAUUGAUAUUGUCGCUUCAGUAGGUCUAAAAUCCCUUAUCGGCGAUUCUUCAGACGGAAUUCCCUAAAUUGUGCCAAAAACACAUCCUCUAGUUAUUUUCUUGAAGCAAAUCAUAUCACCAGUGUAGUGUUUAGUAUUAGAAUAAUAAAUCACAACAAUAUAUUGAUCGAUUUCCCGACCGAGAGAAAACUAUUUAGCAUAUUAAGACACUUUAUUAAAAACCAACCAGCAACCUGAUCUCUGAUUUAAUAAAGUUCUUUAAUUCUAAUAAUAUUUUUUAACCAUGGAAUUGACAAAUGAUUGCUUUUAUGCUAUGUCUUUGUGUAACGUUUGCUGACAUGAGUGUUGUGCAAAUUGAAUUUGACUGAGGCGGAUGAAAUUAUUUGUUAAUAAUCUUGCACAGAAAAAAAAUUAGCAAUGAAUUCUCAUAUAAUUAUCAUGUUGUGUCCAUAUGCAUAUAUUAUUGAUUCUCAGAUUGAUAUUCUCCGCGUUUUGUCACAUAUCAGAUUUGACUAAGAUGUGUAAUUAUGUAAAGAAAAGAUUACGCAGGAUUAUGCCGUAUUCACAAAAAUGUCUUACCAUCAAAACAUUGUAUAAUUAAGGAAGGUGUACGAACAAUUUUUGUUGAUGUUGAAAUCUAUCAAAUUAAGCAGAAAUAUGAAUUGUGAAGAAAAUCACAUCUUCUUUUUUGUAUUUCAUCAUUUCAUGUGUGACCACAUAGUCUGAAAAUAAAACAUUUUACGUGUUGGCUUCUAUAA